CUGAGGAGGCAGAAGCAUUGAGUUGGCCAACGUACCCACGCGACAACCAGAAGUAUUCAUCCCGGCAGAUUUCCCUAUCGAUGCUAACUUGAACAUUAGAUUGAUAGAGAACCUCGCGAAGUUAAUGUGCACUCAAGAAUUUACCUAUCGACGGAAUGCGAAUUAUGUUGAAUCCCUGCGGCGAAAGAGGACCCUAGAGGAAAACGAAGACAGCAUUCCAGACGGAAGCGACGGCCAACACUUCGAAGCUGUUGAGUCAUCUUCCAGUCCCACUACGUCAGUGGACUCAAAUCAUGAAGAAAAAGACGCUAUUCCUCGUGAGAGAGUGCUUGUAGACAUAGACCUCCAUCUAGAUUUCGCUUACCCGCUCGAUGGGAGCGAAGAUGAUACUUCCCGAGUUUGGGUCUUUGAUUCCCAAAAAUGGCCCAAAGAUGCCAAGCGUUUCGCGUUCCGAUAUCUCCAUGAACACAACUUAUAUUCCACACGAAAAGGGAACCUCGAUGCCGUCAUGCUAUUCGCAGAGAACCUGGGACGCCAUCUCGACGUUGGAGAUAGGGAGGGAGGGAUUUUUCAAGUUCAAAGACGAUGCUGUCGACAGAUUACCUACCGGGCGGGUAUCUGGCACGGACAUGGGUUUCUGGUAACGAAGGGUGGUUUGGUUAGAAAGACUGCGCAGUUUGAGGCUGCAUGGAGAGCGCGUCGCCAGCAGUGGAUCAAUUUGGGUUCCCCCGGGGAUCUCAACGGAGCGAUCGAUCCACUAAGGAAUCUGUUGAGUGGAUCUGAGACUGGCCCUGAUGGCAACAAAGUGUGAUUUCACUCUCAAUCUCUUUCAUUGGUCCAGAUUCUUCAUCUUAUUCAUGCGCAGAUAUUGAUAGUCUUGUAGGAUUGUGUUUGUACGGAGCUUAUUCACGACCUGCCACCCCAAAAUGCAUCAACUGGCUCAGUUGCCAAGCGUACG